CGCUGAGCACCGCCCCGCUCCCGCUGGCCACGCCCCCGGACACGCCCCCAGCGGAGCGCUCACCGGGCCGGGGUCGCACCGGGGCCGCUCCGGGGCCGCCGCCGCCGCUUCACCGCCGCCACCGCCGCCAUGGGCUCCGUGCAGCAGCGCCUGGAGCGCUUCCUCCACAGCCCCGGCCCCAUCGGCGACCUGCUGGCUCGGCUGGAAGCCCGUACCGGCGUCCAACGGCUUUACCUGGCCACAGGCUCCCUGGCUUUCCUGGGGCUCUACCUCGUGUUCGGCUACGGCGCUUCCCUGCUCUGCAACCUCAUCGGCUUCGUCUACCCCGCCUACCUCUCCAUCAAAGCCAUCGAGAGCAACAGCAAGGAGGAUGACACCAUGUGGCUCACCUACUGGGUGGUCUACGGCGUCUUCAGCAUCGCCGAGUUCUUCUCCGACCUUUUCCUCUACUGGUUCCCCUUCUACUACGCCGGGAAGUGCCUGUUCCUGGUGUGGUGCAUGGCCCCCGUGCCCUGGAACGGCUCCCAGGUCAUCUACCGCACCAUCAUCCGGCCCUUCUUCCUCAAGCACCACCGCGCCGUGGACAACAUGAUGGGUGACAUCGGCACCAGGGCCCUGGACGCGGCCUCCACCGUCACCCGGGAAGUCCUGCAGACUCUGGCCAAGAGCAGAGCCCGGCUGGCGGCCGGGGUGGCCCCACAGCCCAGCCUGCCCGCGUCAGAGCAUCCCUGAACCUGACAGAGUUAGUGCAGAAGGCGAAGUGAGAGGGGCACCGGGGCCAUUGGUACCGGCACCGCAACGCCGGUACGGGCAUCGGUACCGGCACUGGCGGCCCCAGUACCGGCACCGUGCUCCCAGUACUGGUACCAGCAUCCUCCGUUCUGGCACCGAAGUCCCUCCUAGCGGCGCUACAGACGCCGGUACCGGCACCGUGCUCCCGGUACCGGUACCAGCAUCCUCCGUUCUGGCACCGAAGUCCCUCCUACCGGCACUACAGACGCCGGUUCCGGCACCGUGCUCCCGGUACUGGUACCGGCAUCCUCCGUUCUGGCACCGAAGUUCCCCAUACAGACGCCGGUACUGGCACCGUGCUCCCGCUACUGGUACCGGCAACCCUCGUUCUGGCACCGAAGUCCCUCCUACCGGCACUACAGACGCCGGUACCGGCACCGUGCUCCCGGUACUGGUACCGGCAUCCUCCGUUCUGGCACCGAAGUUCCCCAUACAGAUGCCGGUACCGGCACCGUGCUCCCGGUACUGGUACCGGCAUCCUCCGUUCUGGCACCGAAGUCCCUCCUACAGGCACUAAAGACGCCGGUACCGGCACCGUGCUCCCAGUACUGGUACCGGCAUCCUCCGUUCUGGCACCGAAGUUCCCCAUACAGACGCCGGUACCGGCACCAUGCUCCCGGUACUGAUACCGGCAACCCUCGUUCUGGCACCGAAGUCCCUCCUACCGGCACUAAAGACGCCGGUACCGGCACCGUGCUCCCGGUACUGAUACCGGCACCCUCCGUUCUGGCACCGAAGUUCCCCAUACAGACGCCGGUACCGGUACCGGCAGCAUGGCCCUGUUAACGGUACCGGCCAGCCCGGGAUCCCGAAUUUCUGCAGUCUGAGUCCGUUGUCCCCCAGCCCCCCAAUAAACCCCGGUGCCCACCGA